CUGCUGCGUCUUCCAGCGGUAACAUGCGCAACUGACGUGCAGGUAGUAGGUUGAAACGUAUGGUUUUUAAUAACACUCUACUGCGCUUUGAAUAAAUCAAUUCAAUCAUUAUUUUUUUUUGGUAUCUUCAUCAUUUGAUUUAGUCCAGAGUACCAAUAUGGCGAACGGGAAGCGCUUCGAUCCUGUGUACAUACUUUAAUGGCAGGAGACUUUGUAAUUUUUCAAAGUUAAAACCCAAAGAGAAGUCGAAGGUGUGAAAAAAAAGUUCGAAAAAAAGAUUAGCGGCAACCCCUUUGGAUGAAGACAGAAGCGAUGAAAUGCUUUCAGUUGGCGAGGUCGACCUCGAACUAGACGAUGACUUGGGUGAGGAACAGCACUCUUACGCUUGGCAAGAUCAGGGUGUAUUGAAACAAAUUCAGGCUGAGAGUUCGGGAACUGAAACAUCACAGGAACAGCCAUCUAUUAUUCAAGAAUACGUGCUGCUUCUCUGUCGAUUUGAAGCCGUAACCAUGCUAGAUUACGAGACUCUGAGGUUUUGCCUUCCCAAGUUCGGUAACAGUCAACACAAGUUUUUGGAAAAAUCCUACAUAUGUCUUCAUAGAGAGGAAGACCCAUACAAUCCAUGGUGGAGGUGCCUGUUGGCUCUACACAUGUAGCUGUGAUACCAGAAGGUCAUCACUGGUGAAUUCAUUGGCAUCUGAUCUACAUCUGGGAAGUGCUAAUUGCUUUGGUAUUGCUAUCUUGAAUUUUUUUGGAUAUUUCUGUCUCAAUGCAUUUUUAGUCAUCUGUUGAUUGCAUGUAUACAUAGAAGGGCUGCUUUUUAAAUGCUGUUGGUGAUACUUCCAGUUACCUGUCUUUUUCCACUUAGAAAAAAGAAAUUAAUGGAAAAAGGUAUGCAUGGUACUUCAAUUGAUUCCCUUCAAGAAUCAAUUAACAGUGACCUCCCUUGAUUAUAUUAAAAGACAACUACAGUUAGUUAAGACAUUCAAGAACAAGAAAAAGAGCAACUUUAAACUUCUUUGCUAUAUG